UCAAAUUCUUUUGGCGUGCAUUUAUUUAAUAACGGCCUGACCUUCUUGUUUGUUUCGUAUUGUACCUAUCGUAUCUUCUUAGUUAGAAAGCACGUUCUAAAGGAUGGAUAAAUUAACAAGUGCUGGUCGCUCCAGAGGACGAGGGCGCGCGACAAAUCCACAGCAACCUCGAGUUGAAAACCGGAGCAAACGGGGUGAGCAAGAUGCAGAUGCAUCAGGUUCUUCAAGGAGGUUUCCUCAAGCUCCAUCAACAUCUGCUUGGGGUCAGCCAAGUUCAGGAGUCGCUCGUGGUUCUGGUUUGCAGCAGCAAAGCUGCAGUACUGCACCUAUUCAACAACGCGCACCUGCUCCCGUUAUGCAAGGAAGAGCCACUGCACAUCGAGAUAUUGCAAGUGGAGAUGCGCCUGUGGUUAGAGAAGAUUCUCGAGGAGCAGUGCGUGGAAAGCGUAUAUUAACUGAGGUUGUAACUUCUCGUCCUCCUACUUGUGUUACGAAAACUGGUAAAACUGGAACAAAGGUGGUUGUUCAAACAAACUAUUAUCGUAUUUUGAAGAAACCAACGUGGUCUAUACAUCAAUAUCGCGUUGACUUUGCGCCAGACGUGGACAUGGUGCGCGUUAGACGUGCUUAUUUAGCAAAACAUAAAAAUACACUAGGUGGAUAUAUUUUCGAUGGAACUAUGUUAUUUUGUACACAAUACCUGGAGAAACAGGACUUGGAACUUAUAACGAAGAACCGAGAAGAGGAAACCAUUCAAAUCAAAUUGAAACACGUGGGGCAGUUAGACGUCACCGAUUCUCAACAACUUCAAGUAUUAAAUCUCAUUUUACGUCGCGCUAUGGAGGGUCUUAAAUUACAACUCGUAGGACGUAACUUCUACGAUCCAAAAGCAAAACAUUCCCUUAAUGCCUAUUGUCUUGAAUUAUGGCCAGGUUAUCAGACUUCUAUUCGUCAACACGAGCAAGAUAUCUUGUUAUGUGCGGAAAUAGCUCAUAAAGUAAUGCGCACUGAUUCUGUUUAUAAGACUUUACAGGAAUGCCAAAAUAAGCAGGAUCCACUGAACUCUUUUAAACAUGAAGUUGUCGGUACUAUUGUACUUACAGACUACAAUAAUAAAACAUAUCGAGUGGAUGACGUCGACUUUGAGUCUUCUCCAAUGUCUAAAUUCAAAACAAAAGAUGGUGAUAUUUCUUACAUGGAAUAUUACAAAAAGCGUUAUAAUAUUCAUAUAAAAGACGCAAAACAACCUCUAUUGGUAUCUCGACCUUCAGAACGUAAUAUACGGGCUGGUCAAAGUGAGCUUAUAAUGUUGAUUCCGGAGUUGUCACGCUCAACUGGGCUAACUAACGCAAUGAGAAGUAAUUUCAGUUUAAUGAGAGCAAUGAGUGAAUUUACUCGUUUGGCGCCUGAUAGACGUAUUGAACGUUUGAAAACAUUCAAUACGCGUUUGAUUGGGACUCCUGAUAGUAUUGACGUUCUAAAAGCUUGGAAUAUGAAUUUAGAUAAAAAUCUCGUCGAAGUUCCAGGUCGUGUUAUACCAUCUUGUCGAAUAGUUUUUGGUAACAAUGAACGUUUUGAUUGUAAUGUUUAUGCUGAUUGGACAAAAGAAUUGCGAAAUAAAUCACCGUAUAAGAAUGUUGAUAUACGAAGAUGGUGCGUGAUAGCCCUUAAAAGAAAUUUGACUGAAAUUCAAAAUUUCGUACAAAUGUGCAUAAGAGCAGCUAAUGGCAUGCGCAUGCGAAUUGCUGAACCAAUGUACCAGCAAAUAUUAGACGAUCGUAAUGGCACUUAUUCACAGGCCAUUAAUACAUCUGUAGCAAGUGAUCUUCAAAUGUUAAUGGUAGUAAUGCCGGCUGCCAAUGAAGAAAAAUAUAGUUGCAUAAAAAAAAAAUGCUGCAUUGAUCGUCCAGUACCGUCUCAGGUUGUAACUCUUCGAACUAUUGCUCCUCGAGGUGACCGAGCUUCCGGUUUAAUGUCUAUCGCAACUAAAGUGGUCAUACAAAUGAAUGCCAAACUUAUGGGGGCCCCUUGGAUGACAGAAAUUCCAAUAAGUGGUUUGAUGACAGUUGGUUUUGAUGUCUGCCAUUCUGGCAAAGAAAAAAAUAAAUCAUAUGGAGCUUUGGUUGCAACAAUGGAUUUGAAGUCUAAACCUCAAUAUUUCUCCACAGUUUCACAACAUUUGAAAGGACAAGAGCUUUCGAAUGAAAUAGCGAUGAACAUGACAUAUGCUUUAAAAGCAUAUCGAAAUGAACAUGGCAUGUUGCCAAAAAAGAUUCUAUUUUAUCGUGACGGUGUAGGUGAUGGACAAUUGCCUCAGGUGUUUAACACUGAAGUUAAGUUUUUAAAAGAAAAAUUAGAUGAGAUUUACAAAAACGCAGGAGAACCGACACCUUGUCCCAUGGCUUUUAUAGUGGUUUCAAAACGCAUAAAUACACGUUAUUUUGUUAAUAAGCGAAAUCCAGUUCCAGGAACCGUGGUUGACGAUGUCAUUACUUUACCUGAACGAUAUGAUUUCUUUUUAGUUUCGCAGUCAGUGCGUCAAGGCACGGUGUCGCCUACGAGUUAUAAUGUCAUUUAUGACACUAUGGGCCUCGAUGCCGACAAAAUACAAAUGUUAACGUACAAAAUGACACAUCUUUAUUAUAAUUGGAGUGGAACUUGCCGCGUGCCUGCAGUAUGCCAAUAUGCGCACAAAUUAGCAUUCCUAGUUGCUGAGAGCCUUAAUCGUUUACCACACAACGCAUUGGAAAAGCAACUUUAUUUUUUAUGAAAAAAUCAUAUAUAUAUAUUUUACCUAAUUCAAUAAGCUUUAUUGAACCUUUUUAUAUUUGUACGUAAGUUAAAUCCCAGCAUUUUCUUCAUUUGCAUACCAUUUAUGAA